AUGUACCUCGAAGAUAGAACGGUGCGACUACAGCUGUGGGAUACGGCGGGUCAGGAGCGCUUCCGGUCGUUGAUCCCAUCCUACAUUCGAGACUCGAGCGUCGCCGUUGUCGUGUAUGAUAUCUCCAACGCCAAGUCGUUCCAGAACACCAGGAAAUGGAUUGACGACGUCCGGGGUGAACGUGGCAACGAUGUGAUCAUUGUCCUGGUCGGCAACAAGACCGAUCUCAACGAUAAGCGGGAGGUCACGACCGCCCAGGGUGAAGAAGAGGCGAAGAAGAACGGCUUGAUGUUCAUUGAGACGAGUGCCAAGGUCGGUCAUAAUGUCAAGCAGCUAUUCAGGCGGAUUGCGCAGGCUUUGCCGGGCAUGGAGGGUGAAGCGAACCAACAGAACCAAAUGAUUGAUGUCAAUAUAAACCCCAAAGAGACCACGAGCAACGAUGGAUGCGCCUGUUAA